CGGCAAACUGUCUCACACAACAUUGCACCCAAAAUACAGAAUUAAUAUAAAUUAUUAUUUUAUUAUAUGAAGUAGCCUGGAUGGUGCAAUGGACCCGUCCUAUGUCUUUUUUUUCCACUAUCCUGUCAAAUGAAGCUAUAACGACCAAAAAAGCACACAUUUAAAAAAGAGAAAUAAUAGACAACAACCAACCACACAAAUUCAGCUGUAUUCAACACAUUGAAGGUUAUAUCUCUAGCUGUGAAUACUGAUGUGUCAAACAUGUACAUUCAGGUAACAUGAAGAUUUUAUGAAACGUUGACAGUAAUCUGGAGGUUUCUCAGAUCUUGAAGAGUAGUGUCUGCUGGUUCAUCUGAUGUGUUUUAGCAGCAUUAGCACAAUACUUCCCAGAGGUUUGUUGUCGAUCAUUUCUCAUCACGUAUGUGUCCUGUUGUCUUUCUGCACUACCUGUCACUUAUGUAUCAUUAUUGCAAGACACAUGUUUUAAAACACUAUAAAGUAUAUCUGAGCGCAUCUCUUAGAUCUUUGAAUUUACAGAUGAUAGAAUAAUUGGCUUCAGAAUUUAGAGGUAUGCACAAAAAAUGAUUUUGACCUUUAAGAAGCACUUGAAUGUCUGAAUGCCACUCCAAUGCAUAAUAACAUCAAAACAUGACCAAAAAAAGUACAUAGACAAUUUCUAUCUUUCCCACUUGCUCUGUAUAGCAUGAGCUGGUUAACAGUCGUUUCUCAAAUGCUUCAGUAGAGAUUGGGUGUGGAGUGAUGUCUGAUGUUCUCUUGAUAUUCAGCUCAGGUGCUAGCAGAGGUGCUUGUCUUUGAAUUAGAGUCUCUCUGUGUCUCCUCCUGCCCCACCAGAGACCUUCACAUGGUCUUCAGAGACAUGACGCACUCAUUCAUCUCUGUCUCCGGCGAGCACUUCUUUCACAUUGGCUUUCUUUUCCACUGGAUUCUGACAGUUACAAUACUGCUGCUCUCUUGUUUUAUAAUCUCAUAAUUAUGUAAAUGUGAUUCAUGUAUUAUACUAACUGUUCUCUGAACAAUUAUGCCUUCGAAUGGAUUUGUUUGUGCAUGCAGAAGCAGUUACUCUGAAAUAUUUCACGCUGUCUUAGUUCAGCAGGGCAUAUCCAGCCUCCUAUACAUAAUUUAUCUGGACAUUAGAAUAACCAUAAAUUAAUCCUAAUCUAUUACAUGUACCCAAACAAUUCAGCAGUCCACCUGUUUAACGUGCAGAUAUUUUGAAGAGUUAAAAUUAUACACUAGAGAUACCCUGCCCUUAAUAUAUUAGGACAUAAAUGUUGUGUAAACAAAUGAGCAGCCAUGGUCAAGGCCUUUAUUUAAAAUAAACAAUUUCUGUAUGGAAUAUGUAGUUAAAUAAUACAAAGUUAAGAUAAACCUUCCUUACAAAUAAUGAACCGUCCUGAAAGCAGUCAAAGAAUGAAACACUUAAACAUGACAAACUAACAAGAUGCUCUAUAUACUGUAAUUCUGUAAACUAAUAUUUUAUUUAAAACACGUGUCUCUUGUCAAAUUAUAUUAAGUUCAAUUCAAUUUUAACAUAGUGAUUUUUACCAUUUUAAAUGUACAGGUUAUACAUUUUAGCUCAAACAGUACAGACAGUAAGUAAAGUAAGAAUAGAAAUAAGGAAAAUGGUUUUACUACAUAUAACUUAAAAAUUACAGUUCUACCACAGUAACCACAAAUGAACCAUCGUUUUUUUGUAAAAUACAACGUUACCAUAAAAAUGGCCAUUAAUACUAUAAAAAAGGUUAAUAUUUUUUCUUAUAUAAUCUGGUUAAUAAAAAUAAUACUGAAAUAUUUCAUAGCAUGCAGUGUUUUGUUUGGUGUUUAUUUGUAUAAUGGUGAUCAGUAAUAAAUGAUUGUAAUCUAUGUUUAGAUAUACCCUGGUGUAGGCUAGGUUUGUGGGUGUGGGGCAUCCUGGGGGGUAGAUCCUGAAACCCACCUCAUAUUACAACACUUCCCGCGAGAAAACCCCCGGUCGCGCCAAAACCCCACCUGUACGGCCCGCCUUUAUUCAUGUCCCAUCUUGUCAAUGAAACCUGGCCUGGGGGCAUUAGUGGCAUAUGCAUUAAUACCCCGCUGAAUUAAUGAUGUGUGAUUUUUCAUUUAUUCCCCACAGAGUUACAGCGGCGCCUUUAAGACUUUAGACGCGCCACAGAUCACGAGCAGCGCGCCCACAGCCCCGCCACAGGCGUGGCCACAAAGCUGCUGUGAUUGGCUACGCGCGGCGCUCUGAGGAAUUUCCUCUACGUUCGACCAAUCGCCGCCGAACUAUUUUCAUUGCGCCGUCGUGAUUGGCUGAGCGAGCGUGAACUUCUGUAGAGCGCCAGAAAACAAGCUUUAGCGGGUAAUUCGUACGAGUUUCACAGGCAGCAGCUACAAACCAACCGAGAAAAGAAGAUUCACAGCACAAAUCCGCUUGUUUUAAAAGCAAAAACAUGCCGAUUUAAAGAGGAAAACAGAAGAAUUGUCCCGUAAAGGAUUUGAUCACAGUUUUCCGUGUUUUUAUUCAGCGGACAGGAGUUUCAGAUGGAGAUGAAGUGUUUAUCUCUUAAGGAUCUGAUUAGUGUGAGGAAGAUUAAGGCAGGCUCAGAUGAUACCGACACCAUGAAUGAGCAGAAAGAGAAUAUUUGCGUGGAGAGGAGAAUAAUGACCCCGCUGAAGUCCGACUCUUUGAUGGCACACCGGAGAGUUUGCAGUCCGGAUAUCACACACAUCACCCCUAUCAAACACCCGGAGAAGAGCCAUCCGGACCCCUGGACCCCCACAGCUAACCUAAAGAUGCUGAUCAGCGCGGCCAGCCCAGACAUCCGGGACAGAGAGCUGAAGAAGACGCUCUUCAGACCCAUUGAGAAUGAGGAGAAGGUGACUGAGGAGGACGAGGAUCUUGAUGACUCGUGUCAGUUUGAAGUAUUAGAUGAUUCUGAGAGAAGGCCAAGUCGCAAACAGAAGAGUCUUGGGCUCCUGUGUCAGAAGUUUCUGGCAUUGUACCCUGAUUACCCAGAAGCCUCUGAGAGUAUCAACAUUUCUCUGGAUGAGGUGGCCACGCGUUUGGGCGUGGAGAGGAGACGCAUCUAUGACAUUGUGAACGUGCUGGAGUCUCUGAUGCUGGUGAGCAGAAUGGCCAAGAAUCUGUAUGUCUGGCAUGGUCGAUCGCUGCUCUCAAAGACCCUCGAGGAGCUCGAGCGGACGGGCCGAGAGCAGGGAUACCAUCUGCUGAUGGACCAGAGAGACGGAAGCAGCCCGCACGCCGCACAGCACACGCAAAACACACACGUGGCCUCUAGUCGGAGGAAAGAUAAAUCGCUGCGCAUCAUGAGCCAGAAGUUUGUCAUGUUGUUCCUGGUGUCAAAAACACGGACCGUCACGCUGGACACGGCUGCUAAGAUACUGAUCGAGGAGGGUCAAGAUGAUUCCAGCCACAGCAAAUAUAAAACUAAGGUACGACGCUUGUAUGAUAUCGCAAACGUCCUCACCAGCCUCAAUCUGAUAAAGAAACUUCACGUGCGAGAAGAGAACAGCCGCAAGCCCAUCUUCAAAUGGAUCGGACCCUCUGACUUCCGCAGUGAUUCAGAGAGUUUGGAAGUGUCAGGAGCUCACACGGGAACAGCAGAACGGCGAGAGAAGAUGGUGCGACAUUCAUCAUUCAUCCAGGUCGUUCCUACCCCUCAUGUCAAUCGAAGACUGAUAAACUCCGCCCCCAGCACACCUCACAGAGACGGCAAAGACGAGCCGGUGGAUUUCUCGAGGAAAAGUGUUAGCAGUGUUGCAUGUCGACUGCAGUUUGAAGACAGUCCCAGAGCGCCCUCUGCUGGCUCCACAUCUGUCGCUGUGUCCCUUCAGCCGGAGACUCCAUACACAGCUCAGUUUACUCCGCAGGCGGUGGCGUACCUGCCUCAGACCCCUGUGCUCAUGUUGUAUAGCAGCCACGUCCCUGAGGGCAUCACUCAGGGUCAGAGGUCACCUGUCACAGAUCAGAAGAAGAGAGAGCGAGAGGAGGAUGAAAAUCAGGCGUCUAAAAGGAGCAAGCGCACUGCGUCUACAGAAAGCGAGACGGCUGAGAGCGAAUGUCUCGACACCAGAGAAGUUUCACCCGGGAACGGACCUGUGAAGGAGGACGGUGUGGAAAAGCGCAGUAAUACAGACCCCCAUCAUUCCUCUCAGUAUCUCUAUGUUCCAAACACAGCAGGACUAAACGGUCUAAACUUCCUCAUGCCGGCAGGGCACACACAUGGAGGCAUGCCGGCCGUAGCCGUGCCAUACUUCCUUGUGCCCUCACCGCUCAUAGCGGGCACGGUGCCUGCGUCCUGUGCUGAAGGGGCUGCCGGCGGCGGUUUGAGUUUUAGCGUGCCCACAGUCCUAUCACCCGCUCGCUUUGUGAUGGCAGGCGGAGCGUUUGGUAUGGCCGAUAAGUUCAACAAUGCCGAGCAUCAUGGGUACAGAGGACCAGGCUCCACGCUGUCACCUCAGGGGCUGAGAAAAGAGAGCCCUCGACCAGUACAGAUGCAGACUCCUUCAACGCCAAAGGAAGCAGCACUGUGGUCAAAGUCUUUCUUCGAGACGCCUGGAGCUUUUGGAUUACUUGCGUCACCACCAGCGGCACGCAAGAGAGGCUCCGCCCAGAGGAAGCUGGACAUCGAACACCCUUCCAAUUAAAUUAAGAGCUUCGUGUGAGUGUUCAGUUUAUGGUGCUGCAAUUCCAAAAGGAAAAACCGCAUAACACGCUAAAGACUAGCUCGAAUAACUAUUAUCAGUGAACAUUUCACAUUUUCUGAACGUCAGAUGAGUACAGGUAUUAAAACUCGAGCUCAGGGUUUGUCUAAAGAGUUCCAGCUGUUACACGCCCUCUUGUGGCUGGUUUUCCCCCACAUUCUUUUUAUUUCACCCCAUCUGAGAGUAUAUUGGAAGUGCAUUUAAUAUUAAUAUUAUUAAUUCCAGGGGCGAUAAUCCAUAAACAAGCCAGUCUUGGUUAUCUGCUCGAGCACUACAUUAUUUUAAAUGUGAAUUGGGACUGGAUCGGUCUCUAAAAGUCACCUUUAAUCUGUACAGAAAGCUGUACGUUUAUGUACACGAGUCUGCUCGAUUGUACAUUUAUUUGCAUUAGUAAGUUACACUCUAAAAAAGAGAAAGAGGGGCCAAACGGUCUGAAGCCGACAUGCCUUACAAAUAAUUUUGUGUGAUACUUGACCGAAGUAUUUUCUGCUUUGACCUGAUACAUCAAUUAUGAGGAAAAGCACUCUUUUACUAAUGAGCAUAAUAGGAACAUUUAUUUGGGGAUUUAGUAAUAAAAUAAUGGUUGUGAUUUUUGAGGUAUUUAGUUUUCAUGUGUUACGUCUGUGGAUCAAAAAGGAAAUUAAAACUUGAAAUACUUGAAACCGCCAGUGAAUUUGAUCUCUGAUCACUGGAGUUAUUAUCACAGUACUGUAUUACUUGAAACAAAGUAUGUUUAUGUAUUAAUUUUUUAGAUUAGUAAUAAAUUAUUUUUUUUUAAUUCCAGUUACAUUUGGAUGAAUUUUACACCCUGGUGUGUACUCUGUACAGACUUACUGUACCUGAACUCAGCAUUGAAUAUUUUUCUAUACAUGUUAAUUUCUGUAUAUGUCAGUGUUGAAAUGUCUUUGCUGGAUGUUUACGGCUGUUUCACCUUCAAGGAAGGCACUGUUAAAUCUAUAUGGUGCUUUUGUGUGUGCGUUUGUUUGAUGCUUUGAAUGAUUCUUUUGUGUACAAAUACACAUCGGUCUGUUGUAAUACAGGUGUUGCAUCUUGAUUUGAAUUAUAAAUUAAAUGGA